AUGACAGGCGGAGAGGCGUCACACACCGGCGGCGGUGAAUUGCCAACUGGUGAGAUUAGAGGGAUUGACAUGCGAUGGGUGCUAAAUCCCAAUGUAACGUACGCAGCAGGCGUGUGCGUUACUGUCGCCUGCAUUGUGUCAUUUAUUGACUUGCGUGAUCACGUGGCCAGAUUUGACUAUCCUCAGCUGCAGGUUUUGGUGCUUCGCAUUAUUGCAAUGAUUCCUAUCUAUGGUCUUUUCUCCUUGUUGUCCGUGGUGCUGCUGGAUAUGCGUUUUUUCCUUGAGACAAUUCGCGACACGUACGAGAGUUUUGUGCUGUACAUGUUCUUUAUUUUGUUGCUGAAAUACUGCGGUGGGGAGGGCCAAUUACUGCGGUCGCUAAAGGCAAAACGCUACAAGGGGGUUCACUUAUUCCCGAUCUGUUGUUUGCCCACGUACCCGCUAGACACUGCCUUUUAUCUCCGUUGCAAGCGUUGGGUGUUACAAUGCGCUCUCAUCAAACCGUUAUGCUCCUUCCUUGCGAUGCUGCUGAAUCCACUGGGGUUUUACAACGAGGGCGCCUUUACCCUUAACAACGCGUACACGUACAUUUCCAUUGUCAUCAAUAUUAGUCUCACGAUGUCGCUAUACUACCUGGUACUCUUUGAGGUGGAGCUGGAGAAGGAGCUGCACUACGCCAAGCCGUUUCUCAAGUUCCUUUGUAUUAAGACCAUCAUCUUCUUUAGCUUCUGGCAGAGUGUUAUGGUGAACAUUUUGCUGAAACUGAAACUGCUCUACACGGGGGACACCGAUCAUGAGCGAGAGACUGUCAGCGCAGCCAUUCAGGACUUGCUCAUGUGUUUUGAAACACUGCCUGUAGCUUUAAUGCAUCGCGCGGCCUUUGGUCGCAGAAAACUCGAUGAGGAGAUGGCUGUGGUUCCCAUGUACAUGAAGGACGAUAAUAACCGCAGCAUUCGAAGCAACAUUGACACCGCCCUCAAUAUUAAUGACGUGGUUGAAGACACCAUUGCUACAAUCUUCUAUCAACGUGGAAAGCUCGUUGAUCAAGAGAACGCUGAGGACGACAACGCCGAGGAAAAUGCGCAGAAUAACACCUCCAAAAAACGAGGUGGAGCUGUAACAGCCACAACUGGAACUGAAGACGGGUUUGGCGAGGCGGUGGUGGCAUACGGCCGCGAUCCAACGAUUGAGGAACUUGUGCACCACGCCAUUGCCUCAGACUACGGUGUGCGGGCGGACGGCUUGCUGCAUUACGAUGAGGACAGCGACAGGGAUGAGCGGAAUCGUGACAUGAACUUUACUGACACAGAUGUCAUUAUGCGUCGCACACGGCACGAAGAGGUCAGCGAGGCUGUGAAGGUGGACACCGAUGUUUUGCAGAGCCACCAGGUGCAAUUGCAAACAAAUACUCCGCAGAUUUAUUGUGUCGUGUGUGGGCGCUUUGAUCGCGAGAUGACCCGUCGUAAGAAUGGGUACAAGUGCAAGGAAUGUGUUGGGGUGAAGAGUAAGGUGGUGCUACGCACCUACCAACAAGAAGUGCUGGAGCAGGCAACGGGCGCUUCUCGCGGGACCAAGUCAGCCACCUGA